AUUGUAUAAAUGGCGAAGAGAGAAUCAUCCGUAGCAGAAAAUCUACAGCCUACAGCCUAGCACAAACAUUGAACGAUUUCACAGAAGAAAACUUGGUUGUAUUUCACCAGUUGAAUUUGACUCGAACAACGUUUUUCACCCAACACUCACAAGUGAAACGUGAGUGGAAGAAUUCAUCAGAAGUAGACACAUAGGUGGUGUAUAAUUAUCAAGUUGCCCUGAUUCUGGUUAAGGAACAGAAAUUUAAACGGAAGCUAUAGUAAUAACAGCUGCAUAGAAAAUGAAUCUUAUAAUAACGGUCCUGAUGUUGACGUACGCUGGUUGGUCGUCGGCCGUUGAGCUUAAAACUUUCUACGAAUGGAAAUAUAUAGAUUACGUCUGGAAGAAUGACACGCAAAAGCAGGAGGCGAUCAAAAACGAAGAGUACAAUUACACAAAAAUUAUUCCAUUUGAUUUCGCGAAGAUCUCAGGGGAGCGAGUUUUGGUAACAACACCAAGAUUAUUCAAUAACCCCGCGAGUUUGUCAACGAUCUCGAAUCAGACUGGAGACGGGGGUCCAUUGCUCGAACCUUACCCCAAUUGGGAUUGGCAUACGUCAACGGAUUGCACCGGCAUUACCAGCGUUAACAGAGUUUUCUUGGACAACUGCAAUAGGCUGUGGAUCGUUGACUCUGGGAAAAUAGGAAACGUGUCGGCAUGCCCUGCCAAGAUAAUCGCGUUUGACGCGGAAACAGACGAAGUCCUUGAACAUGUCAUAAUUCCAGACGAAUUAACGCAUAAUUCUGUGAAUACAAGUAACGGACGACUCGAGAUACAAGCCGUGGAGACUUCUGGAGACUCAUGCAACGAAACUUGGCUCUACAUCGGGGACCCAGAAGGAUAUGGUCUUGUUAUUUGGAACGGUUCAACCAUAUGGCGGUUGGAAAACGAUAAUGUUUACGCUCCAGAUCCAACAGCAACAGUCUUCUCGGUGGCCAAGGAGAAUGUGACUCUUGAACUCGGUAUUUUCAACGUCGAGAUAACACCUACAGGUUUCUUUGAGCUAGGGUACCUUUUUUUCGCACCCUUGGCUUCAAAGAAGGGAUAUGCUGCCACGCUUGACGACUUUCACAACUCCAAUACAGCUGGAAACACGAUAACUUACUACAUAACCAACUUUACAUUCCCUAGUCAGGUACUUGCCCGAGUUUAUUCCAAUUCUGGAGUCUUAAUUGGCGCAGGCACAACCCGGUUGGUCGUUUCCUGCUGGAAUUUACAAUAUCCCUUGGCAUCAGAAUAUGUGGGUACAUUACUCGAAGAUGACGACGCCCUACAAUUCGCCAGUGCUGCCAAGAUCAUCAAUGGAUCUCAGGUGGGACUUGAGUACGAACAAUACUGGGUACUCACGAAUCGACUGCAAAAAUUGAUACUGGGCAUCAUGGACUUCGAAGAUAUCAAUUUCAGGAUUCUAGGUGCAAGGGUGGCUAAACUUGUUAAUGGCACAGUAUGUGAGCCUAAGACGCACAACGUUUCCUCUAGCAUUACAGACAAACUUUACUUAGAAUUUGAAACUGAUACCAUCGAUUCUUCAGCGAUUUCUCUGGAGUAACUUGUUCAAGUGAUACAGCUUGUCGGGGUCUUAUGCGUCAUGUACCACUAUUUCAAGUAAGAAGUAUUCUCCAAAAAUAAAUUGGACCUUGUCCUCUUCCGAGUAA